GACCAGAACCGAAUUCCACCUGACAUCUGGGAUCUGUCGCUUCAGUUGCCAAUUCCAAUUGUUUCCAACAUUUCGUUAUCGGAUCGGGAGAUGUUUAGCAAGAAAUAUUAGCGCAAACUGCACUCAACGGCGGAGAAAUGUCGGUCAACUUGGGCGGCUGGAUCCACAGCUUCGCCGUCACCGAGACGAGUACACACAAAAAAGGCCACACUAUUUACAAAAUCACCUCAAUCGUUUUCCCGCGAUCGGUCCCCGAAGCCCUCACCUGCGUCACGGUAUGGAAGCGAUUUCGCGAAAUCAAGCGUCUCUAUCGCGAGCUGGCCAAGCGGCACAAAGCGCUGCAUUUGCGCGGCCAAAUCCCAGAGGCCAGGGAGCCGGGUUUAUUCAAACGCUUCGAUCCAGACGUGAUAGCCGAACGGAAGGACUACAUCCUGCGACUGCUGGACUUCGCAGCACAACAUCCGGCGCUGUACAAGUCGCAUCCGUUCCUCACCUUCUUCGAAAGCGGCACUCAGAUCUGCGAAACGCCAUCGCCAGUGCACGGGAAGUCGAAUAUCGAGAAUAUUUGCGACAAUCUGGAUCUUCCGUUUCAGUCCACCGUGCAGAUGAUUGAGUCGAUGAAGGAGACCGAGGGGAAGAGCCAAUUGACACCAUCUUUCGUUGAAAGCACCCUGGAUCAGGGACAGAACAACAUCGAGGAACCUGCCCCAGAUAAUGACAACGUCUCUGUGGAAGAGGACACGACCAGCCUAUGUAGCAUUUUGCAAUUAAAUAUUCACGUUGACAAUGACUACAUCUACGAAGCGGCGUACGAAUUCAGCCAAGCGGUGCAGGCCGAAGUAAACCAAAACUAUAAAGAGGCCUACCGAAAAUACAAUGCCGGAAUCGAGAAGUUGCUGGUCGGAUCCAAAGAUGACACAAACGACGAUCGCAAGGCAAUAGCCAAAGCCAAAGUUGCCAAAUACAUGUCCAGAGCGCAAGAACUCCACGAGCGACAUUUGCUGCAAGAGUCUGACUGGCGCAGGAGAUCUCUCCACCUCAGUACCGAUGAUGCGGAUUCUUCUGAAGAUAUCCUUCUCGAGCGUCCGUGGAACCAACUGUCCAAAUUCAAGGUGACUCGAGUCAUCGAAACCGUCAUGCAAGUGCAAGACGUCACCAACAAAUCCACGUACAUUAUGAAAACCAUCCAAAAGCCAUCGACCAACACCAAUUCCCACUCAAUCUUCCUCCCGCAGAACGUCCCAUACAUGGUCAAGUUGUUCGGCUUCUUCCAGUCUGACUCCACCAUAUUCCUCCUGCUCCAACAAGCCAAAGGUGGGAAACUCUUCGAUUACAUAAAAACCUACACGCCCACGGGCCACGUUGCAAAGUCAUUGAGCGAGAUCUUCACUGACUUCCACAAUAAAUCCCCCUUGGAUGAUAACAACAAGUCGAACACAGACGAUUCAGGAUUCGUCGACCUCCUGCCUGAAUGCGAGCGCGACAAAAACGAGGACACGCCAGAAAUCCAGGACAGCUUCCCGAAAACCCCAGAGGAAAACCAAAGUUCCAUCCCAUCAUUCGUCACGCUCUCGCAAGAAAUGGACGUAAACGACUUGGUUAGCUGCUCGCAAAGACUCCUGCAAUCCGUGUCGAACACGCUGGAGCAAUUUAAGGACCUCCAUAUUGAACAAAAAGAAGUUGAUCUCGCAGAGAAUAAGGAUCAGAGUGAAAAUGAGACCAAAACGACUGCCAUUCAAAAUUCUCACAAAAAGACUGAAGUAGAUAUAAUCGAGGAUAAUUACGAGAAAUCUCAUUCGCCAGUAAAACUCAUUCCGAGUCCAAAGAGGCAUGUCGUUCUGCCCGAGGUGAUGAUCAAGCAAUGGGCGCGAGAGUUGCUUGUCGCUAUCGAGAGCCUGCAUUUAAAGGGCAUCGUUCUGGGCGACCUGCACACGCGGAACAUCCUUCUGGGAUCAAAGGGACAACUCCUCUUAUCAUAUUUCUACCAGUGUGCCGGAUUCGAUGCCGCUUCGCAAAUAUCCAUCAGCCCGCGGGCUCUUGACGGGUUCUACAUCGCGCCUGAACGUCCCCUCACCACGAAGUCCGAUUGGUGGAGCUUCGGCGUGAUCCUAUUCGAGUUACUAACAGGAUAUACCUACAAGUCAUGCCAUCCUGCCGGCUACAACAGCUACUUUGAAGUGCAAUACCCGGAAACAGUGGAGAUUAGCGAGACUGCGAUGGAUUUACUGAAUGGCCUUUUACAGCCGGAUCCUGGUUUCAGGUUUCAAGUGGACGGGAUAAAGCAGCACAAGUUUUUCGAGGGAACGAGCUGGGACGAUGUACGCAUUGCCGGAGUCAAUUAAUUGUAACUGAGGUGCUACAAGGAGCCGCUGGAUAUGAGGGUUCAUUCGAAUCUACAUUUGAUUUAUAGUUGAUAUUUGAGAAAAAAGUAUUUUUAGCCACUGGCAUUCCAGUUAUGGGUUCAGAUGCAAAGACCACGCGUAAAAUGAAUGUAUUUGUGUAAUCAAAUUGAGUAUUUAUGGAAAUAUAAACGUGUUGAGUGAUA